AUGGCCGCCGCCGCAGACGCGCCCGCCGAGGCCGCCGCCAUCGCGCGGCGCCUGGCCUCCUGCAACACGGGCACCCGGGAGCUCGCGCUUCGCUACCUCCUCUCCGACUUCCUCCCCGCCUCCGCGCCGCGCCUCUCCGCCACCGACCUCCUCAAGCUCUGGAAGGGCCUCUUCUUCUGCUUCUGGCACGCCGACAAGCCGCUCUACCAGAGCUCCGUCGCCACGCGCCUGGCAUCCGCGGUCUCCGCGCCGCCGUCUCCCGCCAACGGCGCCGCCUUCCUCGCCGCCUACCUCACCACGCUCCGCCGCGAGUGGGCCCACAUCGACGUCCACCGCCUCGACAAGUUUUACCUCCUCAACCGCCGCUUCCUCCACCACGCCUUCCUGCUCCUCAGCGCCAAUUCCUUCGCCCCCGACGUCACCUCCCAGGUCGUGUCCGUCCUGUCGGAUAAGGCCCUGCUCCCGGAAGCCGAUAACGUCGCCGCAGGCACCUCCCGGGGCCUCGGGUACCAUGUCGCCGAGGCGUUCCUUGACGAGCUCUUGCCCGUGCUCCCUGUCAGCCUGGAGACGAUGGACGCCCUGCUGGCUCCGUUCUUCACUGUACUGGAGAAGUCGACUGAUCGGGUGAUGGUGAGUAAGGUGAAGGCAGGCGUAUUUGAGAGGUUACUGGAGAGCGGCAGUCGGUUGCUUGAGACGGUGAAGAAAGGGAGGAGCAAGAGGUUCCUGGAUAUUGGUGCAAAGGCAGAGACGGUGCAAUCGAACCGGAAGGUGGUCUUUGGGUUGAGGGAUGCAUUUGUGAAGAUCGAGAAGGGUUUGCAGCUAUCUGGUCUUGAGAUCACUAUGCCAAAGUUUGAGGCUGCUGAGGUGCCAGUGCUACCAAAUGCAGGCGAGGAAAAGAUGGGUGAUGGCACUGACGGCAUUACAUUUGAUGAGACAUUAAAGUCCAAUCUUCAGAAGCAGUUUGAGAUGGCUGCAGCAGAAGCUGCGAAGGUAAUCUUCUUGCCGGGAUGGAGAGAAGAGUGUACUUGGUUUCCUGAUGCACCCCUUUCUUUCCUGAACUGCCCAUCUUGCAGCCACGGUUGCAGCACUGCAAGGAGCGCGGCCCCGGCGAGGGGCGCCGGCGGCCUGGGCCUCGGGUUCGCGCCCUCCUCGUGCGACCGCUGCCGCUCGGGGCUCAGCAGCUCCGCGGUGGGCGCGCUCCCGGUGGUCCGGUUCGGCGACGGCGACGCCGACGCCGGCCGCGCCACCGAGUGCGCCGUGUGCCUGGGCGCCUUCUACGCCGCCGAGCUGCUCCGCGUCCUGCCCGCCUGCCGCCACACCUUCCACGCCGAGUGCGUCGACACCUGGCUGCGGGCGCACUCCACGUGCCCCGUCUGCCGCCGCCGCGUCACCAGGGGCCACGUGGACGUCCCCGAGCCGGAGGAGCUGGCGGCUGGGGCGAGGACGUCGGUGCCCGGCCGGCGGUCGGCGGGCGACGCGGAGGUGCAGGUGGAGGUGGUGGUGCACCGCGCGCGGGACCAGCGGUGGUCCACCGACGGCUUGGUCGGCCGGGUCGCGUACCUCGAGGCCGCCAGGCAUCGGAGGGACGACCUCGGCAUCCUAGUGGUCACCGCCGACGGGUCUCGCAGCUCCCGCAGCGUCGUCAUGCCGCGGUCCUGCUAG